AUGGUAGAAAGAGGUAUGUUAUCUACAUAUGAUGCUGCAGACAGAUUCAACAUCCCAAGAAGAACCCUACGCAACCAUCUAGCGAGUGGGUCGACAACACGAAAGCUAGGUCGAUCGUCUAUAUUGACUCCAGAACAAGAAGCUGAACUUGUCAGAAGAAUCAUACGUCUGGCUGAUGGUGGAAUGCCGUUAACAUCAAAGAUGAUGCGCAUACAGGCUUUUGCAUUCUGUAAAAUUAAUAAAAUUCCAAACACUUUCAAUGACGUCAAAACGCCGCGAGAAAGAAAUGGUUAA